AUGCGGUGGAAUUGCAUUUUGACGUCUGGGUUGCUGUUUGCCACUCUAUCUCUUGCUAUUGCCAAGCACAAGCAACCUUCCUUCACCAAGAGCUGUUACCCAAGGGGAACACUGUCCCAGGCUGUUGACAUGCUCUAUGUCAAGGCAGCGAGGCUCAAAGCAACAAUUCCAGAAGACAGCAUAAAAAACAUACGAUUAUUAAAAAAGAAAUCAAAAAAGCUAUUUAUGAAAAACUGCAGAUUCCAAGAACAGCUUCUGUCCUUCUUCAUGGAAGAUGUUUUUGGGCAACUCCAAUUACAAGUUUGCAAGGAAAUGCACUUUGUGGAAGAAUUUCACAGCCUUAGGCAGAAACUGAGCCGCUGUAUUUCCUGUGCUUCAUCAGCUAGAGAGAUGAAAUCCAUUACCAGGAUGAAAAGAACAUUUUAUGGGAUUGGAAACAGAGGAAUCUACAAAGCCAUCAAUGAAUUGGAUAUUCUUCUUUCCUGGAUUAAACAAUUCCUAGAAAAUAUUAAGUAA